GCUGCCCGCUCCGUCCCCGCCGCCGGCUCCUUCGCUCCCCGCUCUCCCUAGUAUUAAUAUUAUUAUUAUUAUUUUUCUUUUUUUCUUUUCUCCUUAAACCGAUUUUCGCAGCAGCUGCCCGGGUGUGCUGCUGCAGUUGGCAUAUUUCACGCGCUGGAAAAAAAUUAACUGUUUUUCCUUUGUAUCUUAAUCCAGUGAUGAGAGCUCUCCUUUGUUGGCUUUCGAGCUUGCAUUUGUUUUAUUUAUUAUAAGGAAAUCCAGUUUGGUUCAAAUAUAUAAUCCAUUUGAGCACUUAAAUCCCCAAACAGCUGGCAUUAUUUUGUUUUAUAAUCUUUGGCUUUUCUGCGCAGAGCAUAUUUCUAAAUUCCUACUUGACAUUUAUGGGGAAAAAACUUUUUAAUGUAAAUGGAUAUUGCGAUUUUUUCCUGGGUCUUUCCUAAUUUACAUGCAUCAUCAAUUUUUCUGGAUUUCCUAUUGUUUUAAUCUUUUUUCCCCUAUAGCUUGUUAAUUAAUUUUUUUUCCCCAAGAAAACUUUGUUUCUGGAGGGAGAAAAAUGUUAAUUUGCCCCAUUAUUUUAAUCUCUAGCAUUUGGAAAUGGUUGAGAGACCACAAAAAUGCAACCUGUUGUAGAAACCAGAGUGGUGUGUUUUACUUAUUUUAAUCGAUAGCAGAGAGGUGAUUUAGUAAUAGGAACUCUGAGUAACAUUUUAGUAAAAGAUUUGCAGAUCUGGUGGCUGCGUAUGGGGUGUGCAUGUGCUCGCAUAUGUGCGUGUUUCUUUGCAGGCUGAUUAGCAAGUGGGUUUUACGCUCAGAACCAGUGGUCACUGCUGUUUUCUGCACUUGCUGGGUGUUUGUGAUGCCUGCUAAAUCCAGCUCUGUCAUGGCUUCUCCUACUUUUAUCAGACUUUCCUCUUAACUAAUUCAGCACAGUGCUGCAACCGUCGUAAGCAGAGGAACCAAAACUGAGCCAGAGAUAACCGAUUACAACUUGUUCCUCGUGUUUGGAGGGUGAUGAUGCUCCAGUAAUUUUCCCCACUCCGUUCCCAGGCAUCGCCUUGCUUUCCUUCCAGGGAAGAUCGUUCUGCUUGUGAACCUGCUGAGGAAAGAGACUCCGAUGGACUUACACCGGGCAGCGUUCAAGAUGGAGAACUCACCCUAUCUCCCCAACCCGCUGGCCUCCCCGGCACUGAUGGUUCUCGCCUCCACCGCCGAAGCCAGCCGUGAUGCUUCCAUUCCCUGCCAGCAGCCGAGGCCUUUUGGGGUCCCCGUGUCAGCAGAUAAGGACGUGCAUAUUCCCUUUACCAAUGGCUCGUAUACUUUUGCCUCCAUGUAUCACCGGCAAGGCGGGGUGCCGGGAGCGUUUGCAAACCGUGACUUUCCUCCAUCCCUUCUUCACCUCCACCCGCAGUUUGCACCCCCCAACCUGGACUGCACCCCGAUUAGUAUGUUGAACCACAGCGGCGUUGGGGCUUUCCGCCCCUUUGCAUCUACUGAAGACCGGGAGAGCUACCAGUCAGCCUUUACACCGGCCAAGCGCCUGAAAAACUGCCAUGACACUGACUCACCCCAUCUGCGCUUCUCGGACACUGAUGGGAAGGAGUACGAAUUUGGCACGCAGCUCCCCUCCAGCUCCCCCGGUUCCCUCAAAGUUGAUGAUACGGGGAAGAAGAUCUUUGCCGUUUCUGGCCUCAUUUCUGACCGGGAGACAUCAUCCAGUCCCGAAGACCGAAGUGACAGAUAUAGAAGCGACAACCAAAGAGGGCCCCAGGCGUCUGCAACUGCCACUCAUCGUAUGAUUUUAACUCUCCCCCUCUGCAAAAAGAAGGCGACUUUGUUUGACAGCCAGGCUCCGAUCUGCCCUAUCUGCCAGGUCCUCCUGCGCCCUGGCGAGUUGCAGGAACACAUGGAGCAGGAGCUGGAGAAGCUCACCCAGCUGAACAUCAGCAAGAGCUCCAUCCUGAAGGAUGCCAUGGCAGCAGGCACCCCCAAGUCAAUUUUGUUGUCGGCCUCAAUCAAGCGGGAAGGAGAUUCUCCAACGGCAUCGCCCCACUCCUCAGAUGACAUCCAUCACUCCGACAGAUACCAGACCUUCCUGCGGGUGCGAGCGAACCGGCAGACCCGGCUGAACGCUCGGAUUGGAAAAAUGAAACGGAGGAAGCAAGACGAAGGGCAGAGAGAAGGUUCAUGCAUGACUGAGGAUGACUCUGUGGACAUCGAGAAUGAGAACAGCAACCGCUUUGAAGAGUACGAAUGGUGCGGGCAGAAGAGGAUACGGGCUACUACUCUCCUGGAAGGAGGAUUUCGAGGUUCUGGGUUUAUCAUGUGCAGUGGCAAGGAGAAUCCAGACAGCGACGCUGACCUGGAUGUAGAUGGAGACGACACACUUGAAUACGGGAAACCACAGUACACAGAGGCAGACGUUAUCCCUUGCACUGGGGAAGAGCCAGGUGAAGCCAAAGAGAGGGAGGCGCUCCGAGGUGCGGUUUUAAAUGGUGGCACACCCAGUACUCGAAUAACACCGGAGUUUUCUAAAUGGGCCAGCGAUGAAAUGCCCUCAACGAGUAAUGGUGAAAGCAGUAAACAGGAGACUAUGCAGAAGACCUGUAAGAACAGUGACAUUGAAAAAAUUACAGAAGACUCUGCAGUGACAACAUUUGAAGCGUUAAAGGCUCGUGUCCGUGAGUUAGAAAGGCAGCUUUCCCGUGGGGACCGCUAUAAAUGUCUCAUUUGCAUGGACUCCUACACAAUGCCCCUGACUUCCAUUCAGUGCUGGCAUGUGCACUGUGAAGAAUGCUGGCUGCGGACUCUGGGUGCCAAGAAGCUCUGUCCCCAGUGUAACACCAUCACGUCUCCCGGAGACCUUCGGCGCAUCUACUUAUGAAGGACCCAGCAGGAGGGUGGGACCCAGCUACUCAGCUCAGCUCAUCACACCAAGGGGGAGAACGACAGCAACAAAAAAAAGACGUUUUAAAACUUAAAGAAAAAACAAACCAGAGACUCCAGACAUGGACUCGAGGAUACAGGAGCAGUGGGGAGCCUUGGCUCCCAGGUCCCGCAUGUUGAGACCUCCUUCAGCAUCUGCAGCGGGCAAAACCAAACCCUUUGUUGUGAAGCCCCCUUUUUUAAAACCAGUAUUCCCCAUCCACCUGUUCCCUGGAGCUGGCUUUGCAUCGGGGAUGGCUCGUGAGCCCUCCUUUGGACUGUGUUGUUGACCACUGCCCCCAGGAGACUGGGGAAGGGACCCUUGAGAGAAAGAUGUUAAAUAACCUGUAACUUGUGUUCUUUGUUCAGGUUUUUUGUUUUGUUUUUAUUUGUUUUGGUUUGGGUUUUGGUUUGGUUCUGUUUUGGUUUUUUGUGGUGUUCUAGUGAUAAAAAAAGGUUUAAAGAAAAAAAAAACACACCCAGGCAGAAAUGAAGCACAUGUAAUAUAGAUUAUAUAUGUUUACAAUGUUGUGUAUAAAUGGGAUAGACUCAAACAUUACAUACUAAUAAGUUUCCCUUUCUUUUUUUUGGGUUGUAUUUUUUUUAAAGAAAAAAAAUGAGCAGAGAACAUUAAACCCAUAUUUUUCUUGGUUCAGCAAAGUUUUGGCAUUAAAGUCAUUAGUUUAAAAAAAGUAUAUAUAUACAUAUAUAUAAUAUAAAUGGUUUAAUGUUCUGUGGUGUAUAUUUCCUCAUUCAGAUAUGAAGUUAACAGCUUUUAGUAAUGGCUGUAGCAUUGCCCAUAACUUACAGAACUUAUGGGGAGUAGAGGAGGUGGAUUUUUGUCAUUAGUUGUAGCUAAUGGGGCUAUUUAUAAUAGAAUCGUUAUCCCCGGAAAGACACGGCUUUUAACUCCUCGCCAGGGGACCGGGCAGGGCGGGGGGAUCUGGCUCAGCCCCCUUUGCCUUUCCCAGCUGGGGAAGGGGCAAACGGUGCAGAGCUGGAGGGAUGCAGCCCACCAGAGCGCUGCCCUCCCCUGGGCCAGGAGUGCCUGCUCGAGGGUCCGGAGGGUCCGGCUGACCCCCUCGUGCCUCCUCUGUAGCCCCUGCCCCUGCCGGGCUUUGCUUUCCUCCCCUCCGGUAGCGUUUGCUGGCCGUGGGUGCCUGAGCUGCUCCCAGUGCCUGCUGCCGAGGCAGGGGGUGGGGAAGCAGCGGGCAUGGGGACAGAUGGCAGGGGACAGGGUGGCCCUGCUGGUGGCUUUGCCCAGAGAGGCUCGGCGGGUUGCGCUGUGCAGCGAGCCCCACUCUGCCCAGUAGAGCCAGCCCAGCCCCGCGCUCCCGGAGCCGGCCUUUUCCAGAAGCGGGUUCGGCAGCGGGGCAGAGCCAGGCCAGCCCUGCCUCAUGGCCGUGGCCACCACGGGGCUCGCCGGCAGGCCGCGGCCAGCAGCGAUGCCUCCAGCCAGAGCCAGUGGGUCCCUGCAGCCCCAGCUUCUUCCACGCAGUCCCUCAUGCUUGUCCCUGUCUCCCGUAUCCUCAGCCUUAACCAAAGCUGCCAUCUGGCCUGUUUUUUUGUUGUUUUUUCUUUUACUUUCAGGACCUAAGAAACAGAUGCUGAACCGUUUCCCAAGGUGAAUGCGUGCCCCAUGUGCUGACUUCUCUCAGUCCCGUGCUGUGCGGCCCUGCCCCAGCUCCCCAGGCAGUCGUGGGGUGCCAGCCUCCCGAAGCCAGAAGACAGGGAGGUGGGGAAGCUCAUCUCCCCUGCUCCUGCAAGGUCUUUCCAAGCAGAUCCCACCUGGCAGAACAGCGUGGCUGGGGCAUUUUAAGACAGUCUGGAAACAGCAGUGGGUGAGGGGUUUGGAGCUGGGACCCCAGCAUCGCUGGGGUGCUCUGGCGAGGGAAGGGCUGGGGAGGCAGGAUGCCUGCGGAGUGAUGGUCCCAUCCCAUCACUGCUUCUCUGCCCUGAGCUUGGUUCUGUUUUGCAGACAACAGCUGCUGUCCUUGGCAUCUCCUGAGUGAUUUCAGAAUGAUCCCACUGCACCCAAAAAAAAAAAAAAAACCCCAAACUGAAGGAGAUGUGGUUUUUAUUUUAUAAGCAUCUCAUCAAAAGGUGACAAUUCCUAACUGAGAUUUUCCUGGGUCUCCAAGCUCAUCACAGCCGUGGUGGCCUCUGAGACCAGAGCUGCAGCCUCCCCUGCUCGGGGACACAUCCCUGCAGAGCCGCUGGGGACCAGAGGAAGCUGGGGCACCCCAGGAGGGUCCUGCCUCCCCGGGGAGGCUGUGGGCAGGGGAAGGGGCUGCAGCAGGGGGCUGUCGCUGCUGGGUAGCACUUGGGCAAGGGAAGGGCAGGCACAUAGAACUUGGGUCUGGAUCUGUAAAGGGGGAAAAACUGGGGGCAUAGCUGGGCUGCGAGUGCCACCCAGCCAGAGUCGUGGUGCCUGAGUGCCAGCGCUGGGGUCUCUGAGAUGGAUUUGGAGAGGGUGCAGGAAGGGGGGUGGGGGGGUGGGGGUGGGGGUGAGAGGCAGCCAGGAAAGGGGGAGAGGGCAGGACACCCCAGCCUGCCCUUGGAAACAGGCCCUGGGAGGGAGCCAGGCUUUCUGGCAGGUGUUGUGGACCAGCCGUGUGCUCUAUGUACGUAUGUGUAAAACCAUAUGUAACUAGUCAUUGGUUCUUUGUUUUGGGGGUUUAUUUUCUGUUUAUUUUUUGUUUUUAAUUGUAAAGCCAUCCCCUGUUUUCAAGGGGGGGUCUGCAGGGGGGAAGGCUGGGGAGAGAGGCAUCCCGGUUUGUAGCAGGCAUCCGCCACUUCCCCUCUUCUGCAAUGAGUUUAAAUGAUUUUUUUAAAAAAAAAACAACAUUUUUUUUGAAAUAUCGGAGUUACCUAUCUUUGCCCAAAGAAUCCCAGUUGCACAAAGCGAUAUUCCAGUGUGUCGAUGAUUGUGUGUCGGUGUAUAUUAUACAAAGAGGUACUUGUCACUCCCGUUUGUAAACUACAUUUGACAUUAAUUAAACAAGUAUAAAUCUUC